UCACUUUGUUAUGUUCUUCAAAAAUGACGUCAUCCGGAUGGUGUACUCGGUUCCUAGUCGACUGUUUUCAUCACCUUGCCAUGUUCCUGAGCAAUCCUUAAAGAAAGUCAGACCAUUUGAUGAAAUCCCGGGUCCCUCUGGUCGUUACAGCAUACCUUUUAUUGGACAAGUGUUUCACUAUGAGCCUUUCGGUCAGUAUUUACCAAGCACUUUCACAGAUUUUCUACGUGAUCUGCACUGUCAAUAUGGGCAAAUAGUCCGCCAGAGGGCAGGCAUGGACUGGAUGGUCUUCUUGUUUAAUCCUGUCGAUAUACAGCAAAUUAUGUUUCAUUAUGAAAAAUAUCCCCUCCGACCCACGCCUCAUUUAAUGUAUUCAUACGCCAAACGGAAAAAUGUUCCAUUAAGUAUGGCAUUUCUGAACAAAGAGAAGUGGGUGGAAGCACGUAAACCCAUUCAGGAAGUCAUCCUCAAACCUUAUGUUGUUUCCAAAUACUUCAGUGAGUUUACUGACAUAGUGGAUGAUUUUCUGAUGUGUAGAAUCGAUAGGGACAAUCGGAUUGCUGAUGUUCUGGAGGAACUCACGCGACUCACAAUGGAAAAUUCUGGGAUAUUAUGUUUUAACAGACGUCUUGGUAGUUUUUCCCAUGACCGACAAGAACUUCUUUCAAACAUUAAAGAUGUGCAUGCUUAUUUGGGACAAUCGUUUGAUAUCUUCCCGUGGUACUGCCUGUUUCCAACUAAUUUCUAUUUAGAUUUUGAGAGAGCCUAUGAUACAGUUCGAAACACGACACGACAAAGCCUUAAUGAGUGUCUAGAGACAAUCAACUUCAAACGCGGGAUGAUCUCCAGAGGCCUGCAAGAUUUCACAUUCUUAGAGAAGUUAAUAUUGGAUCAUAGAAUGACACAUGACAGUGUGGAGAGCGCCAUAACGGACAUGUUUAUUGCAGGAACGGACGCGACAGCCAACGCCUUGUCAUUCGUCCUUUAUCAUUUAGCGAAGAAUCCCUUGGUGCAGGACCGACUGUAUGAAGAGAUAACGCGCUGUUGUACAAAUGGUCUGAUCUGUGAAUCUUCUUUUGCAGACAUGCCUUAUCUUAAGGCUUGUAUAAAAGAAUCCCUUCGACUUGUUCCUCCUUUGAGAGAUGGUGUGCGUCGACACGUGGAAAAAGACACAGUGGUUGCCGGCUUCCAUAUACCAAAAGGAACAACGUUGGUAUUUUGCAAUAGCAUCAUAUCCUCUGACAAGAACUAUUUCCCGGAAGCCCAUGAGUACAAACCUGAGAGGUGGCUCCGGAAUUCGCCCUUACGUAGGAAUAUCCAUCCCUUUGCCGUUCUCCCCUAUGGUUUUGGUCGCAGAAACUGUAUCGGGCAAAGAUUUGCUGAUCUCCAAAUGCGCAUAUUCAUUGUUAAGCUGCUUCAGAAUUUUUCGCUAAGCCUUGCUGAGAAAGAAGAGCAACUGCCAUACAAGUACACAAUAUUUGCUGCACCUUCAAAAAAGUUCUCUUUACAGCUAGAGAAAAGAAUCAAGAGACAAGACGAUGUCAGAUGCGUUGCAAAGGGGUAAAAAAUGAAUUCAAAAUGGAGGAAGUCAGUAUGUCCUGAAAAGUUGUAUCAUAACAAUUAAGAUGAAAAGCCUUUUGCUUGAAGGCAUGGGCUUCCUUGGGAGAGAAUUACGUUCGUGCAUUUGUUUUAAUCAAUGGUGUAUUUUCUGCAUGAGAAAAAAAUUUAAAAUUCUUUACCUAAGAAUAAAAAUGAGAUAUAUUUCAUCUGGAACCGUACUAAAUGUCAGGAUUUAAAGCAAAGAACAAUUAUUUCUAUCAAUGUAGACUAGGAAAAUUUUUGAACACAGUAUUUUUAUUCCAAAUGAUAAAAAAAAUAUUCUUUUUUGAUUGGCAAUUAAUUGGUUUAUCAUGUGAUAGCCAAUCCUGAAUCAUGUCAUAAUUUGCAUAACCCGCUUUAGCAAGAAUAAGUACUUGUAAACAUUUUUAAAAAUUGAAUGAAUAUACAUACAUAGAUAAAAUUAAAAGAAAAAUAGAUACACACAUUCCCUGUAAUCAUAUGUUAAUAUUACAAUUACUAAGAGCCAAUUUGAUGUUUGAAGUGUAUGAAACUACUUGAUUAAACAUAAGCCAAAUUGCAAAAUAAAAAAAAAGUUGCCUACAUAAUGUUAAGGAGGGAUUCUUGUCUGGUUUCUGACUAGAUGAAAUAUUCAAAGUAUAUUUGCUUAUAUGUUUUAUAUAUUUAGAUGUAAGAGAUAUAAAAGAUCAUAUUUUCUUUCCUCAUCACAAUUGUACAACUUUAAAUAGAAAUGGUAAACUGAGUUUGAAAUCUAGCAGGGACUAUAUUUUUGGCAGAAUGGUGGCGUAUGAAACUAUCUUCUUUUCUGCCUCUCAAAAUUAUUAUAGAACAAUGAAUUUAGGUAUAAUUUUUACACAAUCAAAGACUUGAAGAAAUUUUUAAAUGUAAGUUACAUUAAUAAUAAGGGACUAAAGUUUUUAUAUAUAUCAAAUAAAUAUGAUUUUUCAAACAAACUACAAUUAUGUAAGCUUUUAAACGCUUCCAAUCUAAAUACAGAUUUGAGCAAAAAAUCUGUAAAAAGUGUUUUUUCUCUCUUACUUAGCGAUCAAAACUUUUUGUUUUUAUAUCAUUUUGUGUCUUUGAGUGACAACUUUACUAUAUGUAAAAAUAAGAAAAAUUUGAAUAUAGGAAGCAUAUAAAAAUAACUAAAAUAUCCUAAAAAUUUAAGAAAAAUAGAGAAAAUUCGGAUUAGCCAAUAUCCAUUUUAGUUAAAUUAUUAUGUCAAUUUGGUAAUACCAUCUUAUAGACCCUAUAUGGUAAUAUCUCUUUAUGCAAAAAGAAAAACAUAUAAUCUUUUGAAAUAGAAGUAAGCAUCGCAUGAUUGGCAACAGUAUUUUUUUAUUCUUAAUAUCCAGGGAAAAGGUAAUGACCUUGACCUGACCUUGCCUCUAAUAUAAAACGGUCAAAUUUAAUCUAUCUAAUAUCAUCACUUAGUGAUAUUGUCUUCUUGAUUCUGUAAAAAUUUCAUUGAUUUUUAAAUACUAGAAAUAUGAGAAGAAUCCCUCCUUAAGCCCCUAGAACAUAUUUAGUCUCGCCGUGUAAAGGUGAGCAAACUUUUGCCUUACUGUUCAGAUUGAUUUAUUGUAUGUGGACAGUAAUGAUGCGACAAGUUUCUCUUUUAUACUUGUUUUACAUCUAUCAACUAAAUAAAACCCCUCACCAAGCAGUCUAUUUACUGGUAAACAUUAAUCCACGGAUUAUUGGAUUUGACUAGAUAGCUUUUCCUGGCGAUUGAUUUCCACAUAAGAGGGCUACACUAACAUCAAACCCCGUCAUAAUUUAUAAAGAUUUUCAAUUCAGAACCGCAGUAGGGAGUUCUUUUUAAUAUUCUUUUAUAAACUCGUCAAUUCACAAACAUUCAUUUUACCCUUGUCGCUUUGCAUUAGAUUUCAAUGACUCGAUUCUUCAGCAUUUGUAAAUUUACAAACCAGCGGUACGGACCACAAAUUCAUGUCAUUCAAGCGUUUGUAAUUUGUGUAAAAUAUCAUUCAAGAAAAAAGAGCUUAUAAGAAAACGACUGGAUGCUGUCGUCAUCUUUGUGCAGCAUAUUUUCGUUCACGGCACGACACGUCUGGGACUGAGGCAGUCGUGAGAUUCAAGUAGAUUGUCUGCAAUCAGGAAACAAGAAGUCCUAUUUCCACUUUUGUCUGUAACAUUUUCACAUAUAUUGAAUAAUGAGACCUUUUUUGUUUUUAAAUGUUUUACAUUACUCAAGAAAACGAAUUGAUUAAUGGAUUUCUUAAUUCCACAAGCAUAUGAUAUAGAUAUUUGGAAUAAUGAAAAUUCAUCGUAUUUAGGAAAAACCUCAUAAGUCCAUGGACAUUUGUUAUCUGUAGAGCUAAUGGUCUGUUUUUUUCCCUAAAUAUGAAUUUUCAUUUGUCCAACCAGAGUUGUUUUAUGUGCACAAAAAAGAAGUCGGGAUUCCUUGAUUUAGUGAUGGUUUUCUGUAUAUAUGUAGAUAUUGAUAAAGCGUUGCAUGUGUUAACAGAGAGUGAUGUUUUUAUAAAUAGCUAUUUUCUGUUCAAUAUUUAAUUUCGAAUAUAU